CGUACUUUCAAUGGGUUAGUGACAGAAGUUCCGCGGAGUCCACAGCAGACCAAAGUAUGCCGGAAUAGCAACACGUGCAUAAAAGGUACAUUAUUCCGUCAAUAUUUAUUUGAUAGAGGGCAUCAGGUGACAACGAAUACAGGGUGGUUGUUCAAGACAGCAGAUGAAGGAUGGCUGGGGUGUUUGACAUCGACCUGGAGUCAGAAGACGCCAGUGAUGUAGAGGAAGAAGUGUAUGACUUCACCGUCACAGAAGUUGAACAGGUUCAAACGGAGGAGGUGGAGCUCACCAGUGCCAGUGUGAACAGAGAUAGCGAAAGGGUGGGCCCAGACUGUUUUGAACUGCUCACUGUACUGGGUAAAGGAGGCUAUGGCAAGGUCUUCCAAGUGAGGAAAGUUCAGGGAACGCAGACGGGCAAAAUAUUUGCUAUGAAGGUGUUAAAAAAGGCUAAGAUCCAAUGCAAUGCGAAAGACACCGCACACACUCGUGCAGAGCGAGAGAUUCUGGAGACAGUGAGGCACCCAUUUAUAGUGGAACUGUGGUAUGCCUUUCAGACUGGAGGGAAGCUUUACCUCAUUCUGGAAUGUCUCAGUGGAGGGGAGCUAUUCAUGCAAUUGGAAAAAGAGGGAAUCUUCAUGGAAGACACAGCUUGCUUCUACCUGGGUGAAAUAACACUAGCCCUUGGACAUCUCCACUCCAACGGUAUCAUAUACAGAGAUCUGAAACCGGAAAACAUCAUGCUGAACCACCAAGGACACAUCAAGCUGACUGACUUUGGCCUGUGCAAGGAGUCCAUUCAUGAUGGGACUGUGACACACACAUUCUGUGGGACCAUAGAAUAUAUGGCACCGGAGAUACUCACGCGCUCGGGUCACAACAGAGCAGUGGACUGGUGGAGUCUCGGUGCGCUGAUGUAUGACAUGAUGACUGGCUCUCCUCCUUUCACUGCGGAGAAUAGAAAGAAGACGAUUGACAAGAUUCUCAAGUGCAAGAUCAACCUCCCUCCCUACCUCACACCGGACGCCCGCGACAUGAUCAAAAGGCUACUAAAGAAGGGUCCAAAUUCGAGACUGGGCUCAAGCAAGGGUGACUGUGAAGACAUUAAGAAACAUCCUUUCUUCCGGCACAUCAACUGGGAUGACCUGCUGAACAAGCGCAUAGAACCUCCAUACAGACCUACUCUGCAAUCAGAUGAAGAUGUCAGCCAGUUUGACAGCCGCUUCACCCGCCAGACGCCGGUGGACAGCCCUGAUGACACCACCAUGAGUGGCAGCGCAGACCAUGCCUUUGCUGGUUUUACGUAUGUGGCUCCCUCAGUGCUGGAGAGUCUAAAAGAGGGCUUCUCCUUUGAGCCGCGACCCCGUCUUGUUCGUCGUCACACCAGCAGCCCUCACACGCCCAUAAGCCCUCUUAAGUUCUCCCUCACCGAGCCCUUCAAGACCAGCAUGGACGGAGAGUCGGAGUAUCCCGUCCAGAGCCCUCCCCCGCCCACCGACAACAGUGCCACCCAGCCAAUCAGGACGCCAGCGCGCAACAAGAAGAAGGGCCACCGGAGAUGAAGGGCCUAUCAGAAGGGCCACCUCAGAUGAAGGGCCAAUCAGCUCCAGGGACUCAUUGCAGGGACCGUGGGUGGAUUCCCAUUUAUGCAGACUCCCGUCCUCCUCAGUCUGUACUUGUGGCCUCGCGUUUCGCUGACGCACCUCAUCCGUGGAGAAAUCAAUAAAGUUUACCCGCUGUCAACCUAGCCACAAUAACUUUUGGGGGACUAUUCUUCAUUCACCAUCCUGUUUGCAAAUGACAAAAUUUCAUUAGAAUUGAGCUUUUGCGAGGUAUUGAAAUAGGAUUCUGUUGUUGUUGGUGACGUCAUCAUGAGGCCACAAGGGGGCAAGUGAGCAAGAGAGGACCGGAGUCUGCAUAUUGGAAUGUCUCGUCUACUCUCCCUCACUGCGCUAGUGUCCUCCUUGGCAGCACAUCCUCUUCUCUUCUGCUCAAUCGUUCACACCGAUCUCUUACUGCCAAAGCAUUAAGACACUGACUCAAAAGGGACUGUCAUUUCAUGAAUGUUCAUUUAAGCUGGUUCCAAUCUGUGGCCCCAUAGGGGUUCUGUGUGUAGUUUUCAUUCACUAUUCAUUGUACUAAACAGAGAAAUGAUCUGUCAUCAUGACACUGAAAUAUACAGUUGAAACUCUGGGUGUUUUUUUGGGACCUUUUUGUGCUGGGGAAGCACUUGCCUCUAGGCCUCUUUCUUUUCAUGCAUGCUGUCAUGACUUGGUGAGUCAUCGUGCCCCUGGAUUGGUUGGAGCAGUAUCUAAAUCAGGGGUGAGGAACCUUUUUCAUUCAAAGGGCCACUUCAGAUUACUCCAAGGGCCAUACUAUGAACACAAACCAGGAUUUUUCGCCUGCACUUUAGGCCUAUAAUAUUGAAGGCAGCCACCUUUUAAAACAGACCCCACCUUCUCUAGGUCCCCUCAAAUAUAACUUGAUUGUAUUGCAAAUGUAAUUUCUAAGAUUUCUUUAGAAAAGGAUUUCAUGUGAAUAUUUCAUGUGAAGCUGCACAUCAUUAAAAUUGUAUCGGGGGCCGGAUGAAACGGCCUCAAGGGCCCUAAAUGACCCUCGGGCCAUAGAUUGCCCACCCCUGAACUAAAUGGUCAUCCUGCCAUUUCACUCUGAGGUUCCGGAUUGAGAGAAAGGAGUGUAUUGCAUUCCAUUGCACAUGGAAUGGGUAUAGGGGGGUUAAAUGGUUAUACUAUUUAAUUUAAAAGUGUUAUUAUUGUGAAUGUAUUAAUGUCACUGGGGGAUUCGUGGGACUGAGGGAAAAUUUACUUUUGUGUCUAAAAUCAGAUAUUUUAAUCAAAGUUGCCUAAAAAGGACUUUGGAGUGUUGCAUAUGUUAAUAAAUUUAUAUUAUGAUUACA